CCGGAAGUUUGGUUGUUAUUGACGUUGCGUUACUCACCGAGCUACUGCAGCUCUAGCUGGAGGCCUCCUUUUCUGUGUGUCGCUUAUUUUCUUUGUAUAUUUAUCUUCUUGACUGGACCAUGGAGUCUGGCGAUGGAGGACGAGGAGGCUGGAAUUCAAGACCAGCUCAGCAGCAAAAGAACAAGAUGAACCUUAAUAUUCUUCGCCAAGAGAAACUCAUAGCUCAGAAGAAAAAGGAGAUUGAAGAAAGAAUGGCAGAGCAAGCAAAGCUGAAUGCUCAGAUAGCAAGCAAGUCCCUUCCUCCAAGUUUGCCCAUUCCACAGGGACCUUCCUCAAAUAAAUUUGCAAAUGAUGGAAGCUUUUUACAGCAGUUCAUGAAGAUGCAGAAGGAGAAAGCUAAUAAUGUGUCAGAUUCCACCAGUGAUGCUAAACCUUCUUUAAGUUCAACUUCAUCUGCAUCAGGAAACAGUUUGCAGAAAAAGAGUGUUUUGGUUGGUCAGCGGCCUGGGAUUAAAGUUAGCAAAAUGCUUAGUCAGUUCAAGAGCUACUCCCAGCCCAAGAAGAACCCUGUUCUCAGCCAAAGGCCCAGUGUGUUUUCCUCACCUGAUGAUGAAGAGGAGGAAGAGGAGACUGAUUACUCCAAGUUCUUAGAGAUGAAAGUCUCACCCCCAGAGGAUUCAGAUACCAGACUCAUUGUCGACAAGAUGGCCUCUUUCGUGGCAGAAGGAGGACCUGAUCUGGAGAAGAGGGCAAUGGAGGACUAUAAAGAUAACCCUAUGUUCACAUUCUUAUUUAAUAAAAGCAGCUUGGAGUAUCUGUACUUCAAACACCGAGUUGCAGUGUUGAAGAAGGAUUUGCAGAAACCUGAGAUAAAAUCAGAAAAUGUCUCCCCCCCAGUGGACGUGGAAACCCAGCAAAUCGUUGAAAAUCUGGCCCAGUUUGUGGCGGAAGGUGGCCCAGAGGUUGAAGCCAUCGCUAUUGAACGCAACAGAGACAAUCCUGCAUUCAGCUUUUUAUUCGACCAGCAAAGUCCGGCCUACCUUCUCUACAGGAAGAAACUACAGGAGUACCGUUCUACGUCUGAGAGCUCCUCACCGCCACCUGCGGAUUCCAAGACAGACGUUCGACGUCCAUCUGGGUCUUCUCUAUCUGGAUCCUCUCCACAGCCUCGGAAUCAAGAAUCAGAAGCGCCUUCUCUUAAACGAAAGAGGAAGAGCAGAUGGGGAUCUGAAGAUGACAAAGUGCAGUUGCCAAUUCCUCCGAUUGUUGUUCCCCAAGAUAUCAGUGUUCCAGAUCCAAAUACACCCUCUUUAACUGCUCAGGAGUUGAGUGGUCUUGGUUAUAAGAAGGGAAAGCCUCUCGGUUUGGUUGGAGUGACGGAACUGUCCGAGGACCAGAAGAGGCAAAUCAAGGAACAGCAGGAGAUGCAAGAGAUGUAUGAAAUGAUCAUGAAGCACAAACGUGCGAUGGCAGACAUGCAGAAGUUGUGGGAGAAAGCCAUUCGAGACCACCAGCAUGAAUAUGACAGUGACGAAGAGGUGGACCAGGAGGCCGGUACAUGGGAGCAUCAGCUGAGACAGAUGGAAAUGGAGAAGACUCGCGAGUGGGCGGAGUCUCUGACAGAAAUGGGGAAAGGGAAACAUUUUAUUGGAGACUUCCUUCCCCCUGAAGAGCUGGAGAAAUUCAUGGAGACCUUCAAAGCACUCAAGGAAGGCCGCGACCCAGACUAUUCGGAGUAUAAAGAGUUUAAGUUGACGGUGGAGAAUCUUGGUUUCCAAAUGCUCAUGAAAAUGGGAUGGAAGGAAGGAGAAGGCCUGGGCAGUGAAGGACAGGGAAUCAAAGCUCCUGUUAACAAGGGAACCACCGCCCUGAACGGGGCAGGGUUUGGAAUUGAACGCCCAGCUGAGCUGUCAAAAGGGGAUGAUGAGUAUGAUGCUUUCAGAAAGAGGAUGAUGCUUGCCUACCGCUUCAGGCCAAAUCCCCUGAAUAAUCCACGGAGGCCGUAUUACUGAUACCGAGGACUAUUACCAUUGUUGCUUGAUGUUAAUUCUAACAAAAAGGGUAGUUUAUGCAUCUGCUGCUCUUUUUCUUUUGUUUGUUUUAAAGUGAAAAUGUUUGAUAUUAUACAUUUUUUGAGUUUUUGUCUGUUAAAGAAAGAAUGAAAACAUUUCAAAAUUGAAAAAAAGAAAAGCUGGUUUGGACAAGUUGGUGUAUCACGUUAAAAUAUCUGCUUUCGAUAAACAUUUGCUAAUCUGUCCAUUACAUUGUGAUGAAUCUAUGUAACAUGGUGAAAUAUAUAGAUUGAAAUCAUUGUGUUUUCACCAUUAUUUCUCACCAGUUUUGUUUGGCUUUUAGAGCUACGCCCCUCAGCUAAAUGACGGUUUUGUAUAAGAGGACCCUGUGUAAUUAUUACAAUACAUAAUCUCCAUUGUUUACAAUAAAACAAACUUUCCCUGAAA